AUGUCCCCUAACAUCCCCAAGACCCAAACUGCCGCCAUCGUCACCUCGUCCGACGCGCCGCUCGAGGUGCGGACGGACCACCCUGUCGUACAGCCGUCUGAGCUCAAGCCGGGCGAGUGCCUCGUGCACAUCCUCUCCACGGGCGUGUGCCACACCGAUCUGCACGCGCGCAAGAACGACUGGCCGCUGUCGCCCAAGACGCCGCUCAUCGGCGGGCACGAGGGCGUCGGCGAGGUCGUCGCCAUCGCGGAGGGCACGCCGAACGCGCCGAUCAAGAUCGGCCAGCGCGUUGGGAUCAAGUGGCUUGCGUACUCGUGCCUCGACUGCGAGCAGUGCCGGAACGGGCUGGAGCAGAGCUGCCCUAACCAGAAGCUGAGCGGUUUCACCGUCGACGGCACGUUCGCGCAAUACGUCGUGUCUUAUGUGCACCACGUCACGCCCAUCCCCGACGAGCUACCCAGCGAUGCAGCAGCGUCCAUUCUUUGCGCCGGCGUGACCGUCUACCGCGCGCUCAAGUACAGCGGCGCCCGCGCCGGUCAAUGGGUUGUGCUCCCCGGUGCCGGCGGUGGACUCGGCCAUCUCGCCAUCCAAUAUGCUGCCAACAUGGGCCUCCGCGUCAUCGCCAUCGACACCGGCGCAGAGAAAAAGAAACUCGUCGAGUCGCUCGGCGCUGAAAAGUGGAUCGACUUCAAAGAGACCACGGACAUCGUGAAGGCCGUGCAGGACGCGACGGGCGGCCUCGGCCCGCACGUCGCCGUCGUCACCUCCGCGAGCGCGACGGGCUACCAGCAGGCGGUCGACUACCUGCGCCACGGCGGCACGCUCAUGGCCGUCGGCCUGCCCGGGCACGCCAAGCUCGAGUCGUCCAUCUUCUGGACCGUGCUCAAGAGCAUCACGAUCAGGGGCUCGUACGUCGGCAACCGCCAGGACGCGGUCGAGGCGCUCGAGCUGGCCGCACAGGGCAAGGUCAAGGUCGUGUUUGCGGUGAAGCAGCUGUCGGAGCUUAGCGAUAUCUACGAGGACUUGGACGCAGGCAAGAUUGCGGGACGCAUUGUCGUCAACAUGCCCAAGUAA